UCACGACUGCAUAAUCGCCAAACACCGGAGGGUCCGUGUGUAGUUUCCCCCCGGAGGGUCCGUCUCGUUCAGUUGUGUGAACUCCACACUCAGCACGCGGCUUUCCGCGAGAGUUGACCACACGCCCUUCAUCUGCAGGAUCGACGUGUCUCCCCAAGAAGUGUUGCUGCACAUAGGUGACCACACGCACACAGAGACAUACAGACAGCCACAUGUGCGCGUGAUGAAUCGAGAUCUGGAGGGAACGUCUGGGGGACCUGAUGUCCACGAAACGCCGGAAUGCGUCAAACGACUCGAUUUGCGGCGCGUUUGUAGCCAUGUCGAACUCAAGAAUGAGCAGAUCGUGCAUUUGCACGCCUUCCUCUGGCGAGCUCUUGGCGUCCAUGCCCUGGGCACUGAUCAGCUGUGGUCCCUUUGGCAGCACGGUGAUCUCGACGCUUGCUUCGUGAAGAGACUUGCCGCCCACUUGGUCCAGGGCUACGUAUUGCACAACUGAUCACACAGAAAGAGCACACCUAUGAAACAGUCGAUACCAGAAAGCGUAUUCCAGAAGUGUGUCUGGCUCUCACCAGUGGAGCAUUCCUCUGUUGACGUCCCCGUCGCUGCUCUAAACUCCACCUGUUGGCUCUCGAUCUGCACCGUGGCUCCUCCAGUGCCGAUUUGUGUUCCAUUGACAAAUAGCGCGCCGCACAUGUCAUCCGGGAAGCGCGUAAUAUUGACUGUCACUGUGUCGAUUGCCGGCGAGUACGGCCUCAGUGAGAGAUUGUCUGGAUCCAGUGCGUCGAGGGGCAGCACACGGUUGGUGGAUGAUUCAACCUCGAUCGAAAGAGAGUAACCCUGAGAUGGGAAAGCAGGGGCACAUGUGGUCGUGACAAAGAUGGGUUGUGAUGGUAACUCACCGCAAGAGCGUGCAUUCGGCUUUUGGCCACUUCAAAGCCGGUUCUCUGGAAUGGCUUGCAGUUUGAAGCAGAAGACACACACCACAGAGUGCCGUCAAGCGCGGCUCCAGUAGAGGCGUAGUUGCGGAGGACGCUCUCUGUCGACUCGGUGGGCACACGUUCAAGGUCUUCAUCUGUGUGCAUGAGAGCAGCGAUCACGAAGGUGCCCGUGGGAUGGGUACGAGACGUAAGAUGAACAAAUUCAUGAUGCUCACUUGUCACGGGAUAGUAUAUAUAAAGGUCUUCUUCGUCACCUGCGGACAGUGGAAAACGAGACAUGGUGACUAGAUUGCUGGCCUGCGUGUAUCUAUACCAUUUAACCGCUUGUUCCAGAAUUGUGCAAUUUGUUCGUCACUCCUCAUUCCUUUCCACACUCUGAUCUCGCUGUAUUCACCGCUGAUGAAGUCCGAUGGCUUCAAUCCGCUGACACCACCCUUGUCCCAGUCCUGCAUGCAAUGCAUACACAUGAAUUGACGAUCGACACUCCCGUAAGCCGGUUGCUUGCCUGCCCAAAGGUUGGCAGGUGCAAUGUCUCGCCUGAGUUGCACUCGGGCUUGACGGCCGUGCGCAUUGACUUGUGGGCUGUCACGUAAUUGUCCGUCAUCGACACAGGCAGGCGCGUGCCGUUGCUGUAUACCCUGAUUUCCCACAGUGUGUCUUCGUCGCACACAUCUGCUGUCUUGUUGACUAGGGCCCAGCUGAAGGCGAUGUGCUGGGGAAGUGUGUGCCGCAUCUCGUUGACAAUCAGCGUCUUCUUUCCGGAGGCCAUCCGAAACUGGAAUAUGACGUUGCCUCCGUCGAGACACACCUUGUGGCCAUUCCAGCCGACUGAUCGAUCCAGGGAGAAGAUGCAGGUGCUGAGAAAAACAGCAUUGUCCUCUUUCUUGCGAUCAGUCUCUGAGUAGUGAUACUUCUUACUAUGCGUUUGGGAUGGAGUGCCAGUGAAACCACAUCUCGACCGUCAUUUCCCCUCCUGGAGGCAUACUUGGUGCUGUGAUGUAGCCCUCGUUGCCAAACAGACGCACGGCAUAGCUACCGCCAGCAACGGGAGGCUGUUCGGGUUUGACUUGCACCACGUACUGGACGCUGAACCAUACAAAGGAAUCCAUACACAGUGACAAGAAUGAAUCCCUCGUCUCUACGUACGGGUUGCCCAUCGUGGUACACACGGUGUCUCCAAACGCCGACACAUUCAUAGCCAGCCCGUCAAGGGUUUCCUCGCCCUGGCUUCCUGCUCUCAUCCAGACACUGUUGAGAUCAUAUGUUAGCCUAUCAGCGAUCAUAACUCCAUUUACGGCCGACAGCAGUUGCCGGAAUCCAUUGUCACGUCUCUCCACCUGCAGUUGCAGUACGUUCUGCGUCGUCGGUAGAGAGAAGUGAAGGGCAUCGACUGUUGACGGCGAGAGGGAUUGGGGUAUGGACAGGUCCUGCAAGACAUCUUCUCGGGCGAGCACAAAUGUCUUCCCGCCCGUGAGUACGAAAGGGCUUCCCUCAUACUCCGGCCGGCUCUGAGUGAUGCCGCCGCCUCUCAACACCAUGGGCUCAUCCGGAUUGUCAAACGACAGCUGCAUGUAGAGAUCCACAACAGCCGGGCUCCCCAGAGGGUUCUCAUUGACCAUUAGCGCGGCAUUGGCCCCGUCUGCAAUCCAUUCCCGCACCGCCGGGCCAGUCAGGUUUUGUGUGGCCCUGAUGGCUGCUUCCGAUCUGCAGCCCCUCCAAAAGCGCACUUCGUCAAUCAAGCCAGAAAAGAUGUUGAAGUGCUUCUUCUCCUUGCUCGAGACAUCCAGGUGAGUGCCGAAUGUAAGAGGAUUCUUUUGGUCGUCGGCGAAAGGCGGGUUGUCGAACGUCUGAUUGAAAACAUGAUUGCCGUCUAAGUAUCCCGUGCACUCCUGCUUUGUCAAAGGAGGGGAGAUGGCGCAUGUAAAGGCGAAAUGAUGCUGCAUUGCAAGGGGAUGGUGUGACAGAUAUCAGCACAAGUGCAGCCUGUUCCCGUACCGGUACGUAUUUCUGCGGGCAGUUCUCAAUACCCUCCAGGAACGCACAGGAAGCGUAGACCUCGAAGCCGAAGUUGGAGCUCAGAGCUCCCAGUUGAUACCUCUCGUUGGUCACCACAAAUAUUCGAGCGCCUGAGAGCGUCACUUGCUGCACGAUGACCUGCAACGCGAUUGCGGGCUGCUCCUGCGAGUCACGCUGCUGAUACCAAAACUCGAGUGUGUAGUCGCCCGCCAGAAAGUCCAACAACGAGGGAGAGGCGCUGUCGAUAACAUACAGAAAGUCUGCACCAUCACAUGGCACAGACGGGCAGUGCGAACCUUCCUUUUUCGCCUCUCAUGCGUGCUCACCGUCGACGCCAUCGAACGAGAGAGCCAGUCCAGCGCCCCCGGCACUGCAUUUCUUGAGUUCAGCAGCCAAGAGCAGAAUCGCCAUUGCAAAGUAGAAGAGCGCAUCGACCCCCAUUGCCGGGCACUGCCUCAGAGUUGGAUUAUUGCGGGGCAGCAGAAAUGUCCCAACUGGGGCCCUUGGGGUCGUUCGUAAACACACUGGGGAUCGAGGGGCUCUCGCGUGGUCACUCGUUCGUUCGUCCAGUCAUGCAUUCAUUCAUUCGUUCGUUCGUUCAUCCAUCCAUCCAUUCGUAUACACAGGCAUUCGAUGGAACGGCUGGUCCAUUAUGCCGUUGCACAUGACUGCAGCGAGAGCAUGCACUGGAUCUAGUUCCUACUCAUACCUUUCUGGUGGCAAAUGAAGGAUUCUUCCAUUUCUGUGGCUUCGUGCUGACGACAGUCAGGUUGUGCGACCUGACAAAGUCACUGACGGCUUUCUUGACCGCGCCGCUGUGCCGUGUCCCAUCAGAGCAAAGCGACCAAUCUGCAUACACACACAUAUGACGUCAUACACGCGCCCAGAGACACAAAGACACAGGCCCCGAGCUCGUCCGCAUCUUUAAGUCGACCUAUAUACCUGUGUGUGGUUGUAUGUCCUUCAUCUCGGUGUCAGUGAGGUAGUCGUGGCCUGCCAUUAUACCGCCGACCCGCAGCUUGGGCCAAUAGAGCGACAGAUCCUCUGACACGCCGCAGUAGUCUGCACAGGUGCCGCACAAACAAAACAGAACAUGUCGUGCCGACGCACGGACAAGUUUCCGUGUUGUUCCUUGUGUGUGCAUCGACCAUGUCUAGCGUCGAUAUAGACGAAGUCGACUGAGUUGUCGGGGAUCUCCCUGGCGGCAUCGGAAGUCAGCAUUCGCAUCCAAACCGUCUUGUCCUGCCCAUAAACAUGUUCAGGCCUCUGCUAUGUGUGCGUGCCGUUAGUUUGCCUACCUGCCAGUGUCUCAGCUUGUCCUUGGCCUCAUUCAUGUAGGCCUCUUGCGCGUCGGUGGCCACGUUGGCCGUGUCAUUGUAGUUGUCCUGUGGAAGCACUCUCACAAAUGCAUGUUGUUCUGGCCAUCUCUAUGGCAUUUGGCUACGCGCACCUGGUGUGUCCACAGGUCGACGAGGUAAUACUUCCGGCAUUUCGGCCAUCUGCUCAACACCUCAGCCGCAAACUCACCUGAUACCAGCGCCGGCGUCACGUCCGUACAGUCAGACAACCGUACAGUACCUCUCUGCACGCCAAGCUCGACUCCGACUGUCUUGUUCUCCCGCUCGAGCACAUCACCCAGAUCGGCACGCGUGUCCAGCAAUGGAAGAGGCGGGAAAGCCGCCUGAUGGUCCUGCACCGGCGAGAUAUACAU